AUGAUGGAGGCUGUGCCCAACGUAACUGUCAUGGAAAAUUUUCAACUUCUGGGAUUUUUGGGGGACCGAGAAAGGCAAAUUUUGCAAUCUUUGAUCAUCUCAGCAAUGUACCUGGCUAUUCUGAUGGGAAAUAUUCUGAUCAUUAUCCUGAUAGCUGUCAACAGGCACCUGCACACACCAAUGUAUUUCUUUCUUCUCAACUUAUCAAUUCUGGACCUUGGAUCAACCUCUACCAUCAUUCCCAAAUCUCUGUCUAAUUCCAUCAUGAACAUAAGGCUGAUUUCAUAUUCACAAUGUGUCGCACAAGUGUUUUUCUUCGUGUUUUUUGUGUCAUCAGACCUCCUCCUCCACACUGUCAUGGCCUAUGACCGAUAUGUGGCCAUCUGUCACCCUUUGCACUAUGCAUCCGUGAUGAAAUGGAGUAGUUGCAUCCAGAUGGCAGGUGGAACAUUAAUGUGUUGUUUGCUCAAUGCUGCUUUGCACACUGGUACUGUUUUUUCAAUGCCCUUCUGCUCCAAUGUCAUCCACCAGUUCUUCUGUGAGAUACCACGCCUACUUAAGAUCUCCUGCUCUGAUUCAUACCUCAAUGAAAUAUGGGCCCUUCUUUUUAGUACAGCAAUUUGUCUUGGUUGCUUUGUGUUCAUUGUCAUGUCCUAUGUGCAGAUCUUUACUGCAGUGUUUAGAAUGCCCUCCAUGGCAAACAGGCAGAAAGCCUUCUCCACUUGCAUUCCCCACAUCACAGUUGUCUUCUGCAUAUUAUUAUUCACUUCUGUCUUCACCUACUUAAUGCCAACCUCUAAUUCUCCAUACCAUCUGGAUGAAGUGCUUGCUGUGUUAUAUACUGUGGUGCCUCCACUGAUGAACCCAAUAAUCUACAGCAUGAGGAACAAAGAUGUCAAAACUGCCUUGUGGAAGUUGCUGAGUUUUAAUUUUGGUGAUUAUCCCCUCAUUUGUAUGUUCAGUAUCCCCAAUCCUGCUCUAUCCUACUAG